UUAAACACAAACAUCCCCAAAUCUUCUGUCACCCUCACUCGGCCUCCCCACUUCUUUUGGUUCUUCAUCAACACACCGAUUUUUGUGUCAUGUCUUACAACAAAUAUUCAAAACCUAUCCGUUACAAUAAAGCAACCAACGUCGCCGUUUCGCCGGGAACCAUCAAAUUCCGGCUACUAUGCGACAUUGCCGCGGCCGGUGGCUUAAUCGGACGCUCCGGCAGCAUCAUCAAGGAGCUUGAGUACGAAACCUCCUCUAAGAUCCGCGUAGACGACGCAAUUUCAACAACCAGUAAGGAACGCCUCGUCCAUGUCAUUGGAACCAUCUCCUUGAACCGAAAAUUCUGGUUGUCCGACGAGGAAGAGGUGGCGGUAUCGGCGGCUCAGGAGGGUUUAAUUAGGGUUUUUGACCGCACUGUGGAGGUGAAUCCACCGGUGGUAGUAGGCGGGACGGUGAGGUGUCGGUUGCUCGUGGGGCCUGGGACAGUAGGAGCAGUGAUGGGAGCAAAAGCAGAGAGGGUUAACAAGAUUAGUAGGGAAACAGGUGUUUACAUCAAGAUUAUUGGCGCCAAUGAGUUGGUUAUGCCUUGUGCUCGUCCUUCUGAUGAAAUGAUUCUGAUAACUGGUGGCAGCCUAGCUGUAAAGAAAGCUCUUUACGCUGUUUCACGAUAUAUUCAACAGAAGACAUUACAACUAAUAGGAGAAGCUAAUGCAGAAUCUGCGAUUCUAUUUCCAAGCAUGAAAAUGGAGACAGGUGAUGCUGCAGUUAUUGAUAGAGGGAAUGAAAGAGUUGUAGCAGAAGUGGUUUUCAAGCUACUUUGUACUUGGAAUGAGGCUGGUGCUGUGAUAGGCUUCAAAGGGAGAAGAGUGAAAGCUCUAGAGGAAGAAACCGGGGCUUCUAUACUGCUUUCUCCUCCCGGGGAUGACUAUAAUCAACGUGUCUUGUCUGUUUCUGCUUUUGAGAACAGGAAAUCGAAUCACUCUACUGCACAAAACGCUCUUGCUCGUGUGUUUAAUGAAAUGAUGUCAUUAGAGGAGAAUGAAAAUGUAACCGCCAGACUCCUUAUCCAGCCUGACCAAUUGGGUUGCCUGAAUAUUCUAAGGGAUUCUAUCAAAGAAACUGGUGCUACAUUGCAAAUUUUGGAACAGAAUUACGCUUAUGCUGGUGCUUCAACUGAUGAAAAAGUUAUACAGAUAAAUGGUGACAAUUCCAGUGUGCAAAUUGCUCUAUUUCAAGUCACUUGGAUGCUGAGAGAGUGUGCUUUUGGCGCAAUACCAUCCAUGAACAGCUUACCUCUUCUUCCCCACAAACUUUUCAAUCUGCUUUCAAAUCUCAACGAAAGAGCUGUGUUAACAGAGAAAAUGAAAAACUGUAGAGUUACAAAAGAAUCUAAUGGCUCUCCACCCUCUAAGGUCUGGCACUCUGAGGUUUGCAGUGGACGCUGCUUGUCUGCCAAUACAGAACCUCGAAGAGAUUUGACUACAGUUAACAGUGGUCCUGAACAUGACAGUGACAACAGAUCUGUUAUUGUGACAAAUACAAAGAUGGAGAUUGCUGUUCGUGCAGACAUGUUUAGUUCUGUUUUUGGUGAUGAUGGCCGGAAUCUAUCUCGUCUACGAAGGAUAUCAGGAGCAAAAGUUGAAGUGCAGGAUUGUUACCUUGGUGGUGAUGGGAAGGUUAUCGUAUCUGGAACACCUGAUCAGACCCUGUCAGCCCAGAGCCUCCUCCAAGCGUUUAUCAUGGCUGCUCAAUGACUGUCUAAGCCUCUUGUUAUCGUGAUUUUGCAUAUACACGCUGUAGAUUGAGAUGUAUUUGACUCUUCUUUUGCUAACACUAACUUUAUGUAAAUAAUUGCCAUUAGAACCUCAGAACAAAUUUGUUCACUGAAUGGGAAAAGCUCUUAAAAAGUUUCUCCUACCACUGUUAGGCAUUUUUGCUGAUUACACUAGUUUGUAUAUUUAUCGGUUGGUUGAUUUUGUAAGUUGAUACAUUUGGCGUUUUCAUAUAACUGAUGCUAGCUAUACAUUUGGAGUA